AUGUCAAUAUUUUCAACAGAAUAUAACCCUGUCAUACCAAACGUCGAGCAGAUCACACGAGUUCUGCGCCGAAGCGAAAGAAUAUGGUAUAGCGCUAAGGUUGUUGCCGACAAUCAACUUACUGCAUUAGACUUCUCCAACUGGGCUAUAACUGGAUGCUGGCAGUGUGGGCUAGGCAGAACAUUGAAAGAUACCGCAUGCUGCCCUAGAAUCCUCGGCAUCAGAAAGGCUACCUCUCCCAAAACUCAGACCCAUAAGGACUGGCCUAGGAAAAGAACCAUCACAGCUAUUGCACAAGCUGUGUCUUAUAUCUUCUCCAAGCGACUGGUCGAAUUACAAGGCCAAGGUGAUGGCAUCUCUCUUCGCCCCGGUCAUCUCUAUUAUACAAACAAUGUUGCUGCAGUGUCCCAAGCAGAAACGCCACAGUCUGCUACGUCUUGCACUAGUAUAUUUGUCGGCGAGGUUGAGGACGACGGCUGGAAAGCCGAGAUUGCUGCCGAUAGCGAAGGGAGCUUUCUGGCACCUUGGGUUGUCCAGCUCGAAGAUAAAUUCACUUGCCGGCACAAGUUUUCACCGCCGUCUUCCAUUCGCGCCAUGGAAUUACUCCGCGACUUCUGUGUCUUUCACGAUGCGCAGUCUGAGAUUCCUAUCGCCAUGUCAAUCGCAUUGAUGCUACCUGCCAAUAACAUUUAUGGGCUUCCAGUCAACCUUCAAUGGCAAUUAAUCGACAACUCUCGGUUCCAAUCAUCAGAAAACAAUAUUGACAGGUUACAAUCAUUGUGGGACAAUCUUGCACAUUAUCUUUCUAUCUGCUGCCACCCUCGGGGAAUGACUUCGAACCUCUGCGGGGGCUUUUGGGAGCCAGGAAUCCCUUGCAACAUGGCCUAUGCCUGGCUGUAUCCUCCUUGCAGACAGCUACCGGAUAUUCCAGGUUUCUCUGGUUCAGCGCAUCUCUAUCACGAGGCCUUGCUUAGAGUGUAUGUGGCCCGUCGACUAAACAUGGGGUUUCUGUACCUUGGCGCCUAUUUAACAGGGAUUAUCCCGCUUGUGGGUUGUGAGCAGUCUUUCAUUCAAAAUGCCGGACCACAAGUACCCGCUUCACCAAAUUUCAUUUUACGAACAGAUAUUUGGUGGCUACUCUACAUUACCGGCGAAUAUCCAAGUCCCCUUCUUACUCCAUGGGGACCCUUUGGGGAGAUAGAGCUGCAGAAUGUAUCGCUGGCAGUCCGCCUGCACGAGAAAUGUGCCGACCACUAUUUGAGCUAUCGCUUGUGGUCGUGGAAACUCGCGGAUGAUUCUACACUGGAAGACAAGGACUUACAUAUCAGCAAUUCUCCAGCGUGCUCAAAGACUUACACUGGCGAGCAACAGACGCGGUUUUCGUCCGAAGCACUCUCUAUACCGGAUAGUGCGUCUGAGAACGCCACGAGGCUUAUAUUCCAAUGGGUGACCGUUAAUGGAGGUGGCUUUUCCCCCAGUGAACGUGAUAUAUACAGUCAUGAGUGGGUGAACGCCGGAGAUGACUUCUCGGAGUUUUUCACUCCCGAUGAAUCUAAGCUUGGGGACGAUACAUAUCCCAUGCCUUCUUCUCGCCAGCUCACUGCAGAUUGGCUCAUGCGUUUAUAG